CGCGUCUGACAGCGGCACUCGUUGGCUGCAGUUGCUAUUGAUGCAGUGGUCCGCUUGAACUGCGUUGGGUCUUUGUUAACUUUCCGUCUACGAACGGUCGUCGUCGGCCGACCAAAAAGAUGUCCGACGUGGGUGAAGAAAAUUCUGGCACCAUGGAAGUGUCGGCUGUCCAAACGGUAGCCGAUACCUCUGUGUUGCAGAAGCAUAUUCGCAAACUUGUCCCAUUGCUGCUGGAAGAUGGCGGCGAGGCCCCGGCGUCGCUGGAAACCGCCCUAGAGGAGAAGAGCUCAGUGGAGCAGAUGAAGAAAUUCCUCUCUGAUCCUCAAAUUAACUCAAUCCUCGUCGAGAGAACUUGCCUCAAAGAGGAUGUCGGAGAUGAAGGAGAGGAGGAAAAGGAGUCCAUUGCGUACAACAUCAGCAUCGAUAUCCACUAUGGGAUCAAGUCCAACAGCCUGGCCUUCAUCAAGAGGGCGGGUAUGGUCGAUGCGGACAAGCCCAUCUCCACCCAGGUGCGCGUGCUGACCCUGAGCGAGGACUCCCCCUAUGAGACUCUUCACUCAUUCAUCAGCAAUGCUGUCGCUCCGUUCUUCAAGUCCUACAUCCGGGAGUCCGGCAAGGCGGACAGGGAUGGGGACAAAAUGGCGCCAUCCGUGGAGAAGAAGAUCGCCGAGCUGGAAAUGGGCCUGCUCCACCUUCAGCAGAACAUUGAGAUCCCAGAGAUCAGCCUCCUGAUCCACCCCAUCAUCACCAACAUCGCCAAGCAGUGCUAUGAGCGUAGCGAGAAGCCCAAGGUCACUGACUUUGGGGACAAGGUGGAGGACCCCACCUUCCUGAACCAGCUGCAGUCUGGGGUCAACCGCUGGAUCAGGGAGAUUCAGAAGGUGACCAAGCUGGACCGCGACCCCGCGUCGGGCACGGCGCUGCAGGAGAUCAGCUUCUGGCUGAACCUGGAGCGGGCCCUGAACCGGAUCCAGGAGAAGAGGGAGAGCCCCGAGGUGCUGCUCACCCUGGACAUCCUGAAGCACGGCAAACGCUUCCACGCCACCGUCAGCUUCGACACUGACACCGGCCUGAAGCAGGCUGUGGAGACGGUCAAUGACUACAACCCCCUGAUGAAGGACUUCCCCCUCAACGACCUCCUGUCGGCCACCGAGCUGGACAAGAUCCGCCAGGCUCUGAUGGCCAUCUUCACCCACCUCAAGAAGAUCAGGAACACCAAGUACCCCAUCCAGAGGGCCCUGCGCCUGGUGGAGGCCAUCUCCCGCGACCUCAGCUCCCAGCUGCUCAAGGUGCUGGGCACCAGGAAGCUCAUGCACGUGGCCUACGAGGAGUUUGAAAAGGUGAUGGUGGCGUGCUUCGAGGUGUUCCAGACCUGGGAGGACGAGUACGAGAAGCUGCAGGUCCUCCUCAGGGACAUCGUGAAGAGGAAGCGCGAGGAGAACCUCAAGAUGGUGUGGCGUCUGAGCCCCGCUCAUAGGAAGCUGCAGUCCCGCCUGGACCACAUGAGGCGCUUCAGGAGGCAGCACGAGCAGCUGCGGGCCGUGAUCGUUCGAGUCCUCAGGCCCCAGAUCUCUGCCGCGCCGCAGCACGCCCCCGGAGAGGUGGCGGAGCCCCAGGACAUCAAGGUGGCCGAGGUGCUGUUCGACGCGGCCGACGCCAACGCCAUCGAGGAGGUCAACCUGGCCUACGAGAACGUCAAGGAGGUGGACGGCCUGGACGUGUCCAAGGAGGGCAUGGAGGCGUGGGAGGCGGCCAUGAAGCGCUACGACGAGCGCAUCGACCGCGUGGAGACCCGCAUCACCGCGCGCCUGCGCGACCAGCUGGGCACGGCCAAGAACGCCAACGAGAUGUUCCGCAUCUUCUCGCGCUUCAACGCGCUGUUCGUGCGGCCGCACAUCCGCGGCGCCAUCCGCGAGUACCAGACGCAGCUGAUCCAGCGCGUCAAGGACGACAUCGAGUCGCUGCACGACAAGUUCAAGGUGCAGUACCCCCAGAGCCAGGCCUGCAAGAUGAGCCACGUCCGCGACCUGCCGCCCGUGUCCGGCUCCAUCAUCUGGGCCAAGCAGAUCGACCGGCAGCUCACGGCGUACAUGAAGCGGGUGGAGGACGUGCUGGGCAAGGGCUGGGAGAACCACGUGGAGGGGCUGAAGCUCAAGCAGGACGGAGACAGCUUCAGGGCCAAGCUCAACACCCAGGAGAUCUUUGACGACUGGGCUCGCAAGGUUCAGCAGCGCAACCUGGGCGUGUCGGGACGCAUCUUCACCAUCGAGAGCAGCCGUGCGCGCGGCCGCACCGGCAACAUGCUGAAGCUCAAGGUCAACUUCCUCCCGGAGAUCAUCACCCUGUCCAAGGAGGUGCGCAACCUCAAGUGGCUGAGCUUCCGCGUGCCGCUCGCCAUCGUCAACAAGGCCCACCAGGCCAACCAGCUCUACCCCUUCGCCAUCUCCCUGAUCGAGAGCGUGCGCACCUACGAGCGCACGUGCGAGAAGGUGGAGGAGCGCUCGUCCAUCUCUCUGCUGGUGGCGGGCCUGAAGAAGGAGGUGCAGGCGCUUGUCACGGAGGGGAUCGCGCUGGUCUGGGAGUCCUACAAGCUGGACCCCUACGUCCAGAGGCUGGCCGAGACCGUCUUCAACUUCCAGGAGAAGGUGGACGACCUCCUGCUGAUCGAGGAGAAGAUCGACCUAGAGGUGCGCUCGCUGGACACCUGCAUGUUUGAGAACAAGAUGUUCUCCGAGAUCCUCAACCGCGUCCAGAAGGCGGUGGACGACCUCAACCUGCACUCCUACUCCAACCUGCCCAUCUGGGUCAACAAGCUGGACAUCGAGAUCGAGCGGAUCCUUGGAGUGCGUCUGCAGGCCGGUCUCCGGGCCUGGACCCAGGUCCUCCGGGGCCAGAUGGAGGACCGGGCUGAUGUGGACAUGGACACUGAAGCCCCACAGGCUGGACACAAGCCUGGAGGAGAGCCCAAGAUCAAGAACGUGGUCCAUGAGCUGAGGAUCACCAACCAGGUGAUCUACCUGAACCCGCCCAUCGAGGACUGUCGCUACAAGCUGUACCAGGAGAUGUUCUCCUGGAAGAUGGUCAUCCUUUCCCUACCCCGCAUCCAGAGCCAGAGAUACCAGGUGGGGGUUCACUACGAGCUGUCGGAGGAGGAGAAGUUCUACCGUAACGCCCUGACCCGGAUGCCCGACGGCCCUGCGGCCCUGGAGGAGGCCUACAACUCUGUGGAGGACAACGUGGGCGAGGUGGAGCAGUACGUCAAGGUCUGGCUGCAGUACCAGUGCUUGUGGGACAUGCAGGCAGAGAACAUCUACAACCGCCUGGGUGAAGACCUGACCAAGUGGCAGGCCCUGCUGGUCCAGAUCCGCAAGGCCCGCGGCACCUUCGACAACGCCGAGACCCGGAAGGAGUUCGGUCCCGUCAUCAUCGACUAUGGCAAGGUCCAAUCCAAGGUGAACCUGAAGUACGACUCCUGGCACAAGGAGGUCCUGAGCAAGUUUGGUCAGAUGCUGGGUCAGAACAUGGCGGACUUCCACUCCCAGAUCUCCAAGUCUCGCCUGGAACUGGAACAACACUCUGUGGACACCGCCAGCACCUCGGACGCUGUCACCUUCAUCACCUUCGUCCAGACCCUCAAGCGCAAGAUCAAACAAUUUGAGAAGAAUGUGGAUUUGUUCCGCAACGGGCAGCGUCUGCUGGAGAAGCAGCGCUUCCAGUUCCCGCCCUCUUGGCUCUACAUUGACAACAUCGAGGGCGAGUGGGGGGCCUUCAGCGACAUCAUGAAGCGCAAGGACACCGCCAUCCAGCAGCAGGUGGCCAACCUGCAGAUGAAGAUCGUCCAGGAGGACCGCGCCGUGGAGGGCCGCACCACCGACCUGCUCACGGACUGGGAGAAGGCCAAACCAGUGGCUGGGAGCCUGCGUCCGGAGGAGGCUCUCCAGUCCCUCACCAUCUACGAGGGCAAGUUCGGCCGCCUGAAGGACGACCGGGAGAAGUGUGCCCGCGCCAAGGAGGCCCUGGAGCUCACCGACGCCGGGCUGCUCAGCGGCAGCGAGGAGAGGGUGCAGGUGGCACUGGAGGAGCUGCAGGACCUGAAGGGAGUGUGGUCAGAGCUCUCCAAGGUCUGGGAGCAGAUCGACCAGAUGAAGGAGCAGCCGUGGGUGUCUGUCCAGCCACGCAAGCUGCGUCAGAGUCUGGACGCUCUUCUGAACCAGCUGAAGAACUUCCCGGCGCGUCUGCGCCAGUACGCCUCCUACGAAUACGUCCAGAGGCUGUUGAAGGGCUACAUGAAGGUCAACAUGUUGGUGAUCGAGCUGAAGUCCGAGGCGCUGAAGGAACGCCACUGGAAGACGCUGAUGAAGCGCCUGCACGUGAACUGGGUGCCGUCGGAGCUGACCCUGGGUCAGGUCUGGGACGUGGACCUGCAGAAGAACGAGAUGGUGGUGAAGGAUGUCAUGCUGGUGGCCCAGGGAGAGAUGGCUCUGGAGGAGUUCCUCAAGCAGAUCCGGGAGGUGUGGAACGCGUACGAGCUGGACCUGAUCAACUACCAGAACAAGUGCCGCCUGAUCCGAGGCUGGGACGACCUCUUCAACAGGGUCAAGGAGCACAUCAACAGCGUCUCCGCCAUGAAGCUGUCCCCGUACUACAAGGUGUUUGAGGAGGACGCGCUCAGCUGGGAGGACAAGCUGAACCGCAUCAUGGCUCUGUUUGACGUCUGGAUCGACGUGCAGCGCCGCUGGGUCUACCUGGAGGGCAUCUUCACCGGCAGCGCGGACAUCAAACACCUGCUGCCGGUCGAGACCCAGAGGUUCCAGAACAUCAGCACAGAGUUCCUGACCCUGAUGAAGAAGGUGACCAAGUCUCCCCUGAUCAUGGACGUGCUGAACAUCCAGGGGGUGCAGAGGUCCCUUGAGAGGCUCGCGGACCUCCUGGGCAAAAUCCAGAAGGCCCUGGGAGAGUACCUGGAGAGAGAGCGCUCCUCCUUCCCCCGGUUCUACUUUGUGGGAGACGAGGACCUGCUGGAGAUCAUCGGCAACAGCAAGAACGUGGCCAAGCUGCAGAAGCACUUCAAGAAGAUGUUCGCGGGCGUCUCCAGCAUCCUGCUGAACGAGGACAGCACAGAGGUGCUCGGCAUCUGCUCCCGCGAGGGCGAGGAGAUCAACUACAAGACGCCCGUCUCCAUCACCAAGCACCCCAAGAUCAACGAGUGGCUCACCCUGGUGGAGAAGGAGAUGAGGGUGACCCUCGCCAAGCUGCUGGCCGAGUCGGUCACCGAGGUGACAGACUUUAACAAGGGCGACUCCGUGGACCUCACCCAGUACAUCAACUGGAUCGACCGCUACCAGGCCCAGCUGGUGGUGCUCUCCACCCAGAUCGCCUGGUCGGAGAACAUCGAGUCGGCGCUGACCACGGUGGCGGCGGGCGGGGACAUGUCCCCCAUGUACGGCGUGCAGCAGUACGUGGAGGCCACCCUGAACGUCCUGGCUGACACCGUGCUGAUGGAGCAGCCCCCGCUGCGCCGCAGGAAACUGGAGCACCUGAUCACAGAGCUGGUGCACCAGCGCGACGUGACCCGGCGGCUGAUCAAGAACAAGAUCGACAACCCCAAGUCGUUCGAGUGGCUCAGCCAGAUGCGCUUCUACUUCGACCCCAAGCAGACGGACGUGCUGCAGCAGCUGUCCAUCCAGAUGGCCAACGCCAAGUUCAACUACGGCUUCGAGUACCUGGGGGUCCAGGACAAGCUGGUGCAGACCCCGCUGACGGACCGCUGCUACCUCACCAUGACCCAGGCCCUGGAGGCCCGCCUCGGAGGGUCCCCCUUCGGUCCGGCUGGAACAGGAAAGACGGAGUCUGUGAAGGCUCUGGGCCACCAGCUGGGACGCUUUGUCCUGGUGUUCAACUGCGACGAGACCUUCGACUUCCAGGCCAUGGGGCGUAUCUUCGUGGGCCUGUGCCAGGUGGGCGCGUGGGGCUGCUUCGACGAGUUCAAUCGUCUGGAGGAGAGGAUGCUGUCGGCCGUGUCCCAGCAGGUCCAGUACAUCCAGGUGGCUCUCAGGGAGCACAGCAACCCCAACAGGGACAGAAGUGCACCAAUCACCACUGAGCUGCUGAACAAGCAGGUGAAGGUGAGCCCCGACAUGGCCAUCUUCAUCACCAUGAACCCGGGCUACGCCGGCCGCUCCAACCUGCCCGACAACCUGAAGAAGCUGUUCCGCAGCUUGGCCAUGACCAAGCCCGACCGGCAGCUCAUCGCCCAGGUCAUGCUCUACUCCCAGGGCUUCCGCACAGCAGAAACUCUGGCCAAGAAGAUCGUGCCCUUCUUCAAGCUGUGCGAUGAGCAACUGUCGUCUCAGAGUCACUACGACUUCGGCCUGCGAGCCCUGAAGAGCGUGCUGAUCAGCGCCGGUAACGUGAAGCGCGAGCGCAUCCAGCGCAUCAAGAAGGAGAAGCGGGAGCGUGGAGAGAAUGUAGACGAGAACGAGAUCGCAGAGAACCUACCUGAGCAGGAGAUCCUGAUCCAGAGUGUGUGUGAGACCAUGGUGCCCAAGCUGGUGGCGGAGGACAUCCCCCUGCUCUUCAGCCUGCUGUCGGACGUGUUCCCCGGGGUGCAGUACAUGCGGGGGGAGAUGACGGCCCUCAGGGAGGAGCUGAAGAAGGUGUGCCAGGAGAUGUACCUCACCUACGGCGACGGAGACGACGUUGGCACCAUGUGGGUGGAGAAGGUGUUGCAGCUGUACCAGAUCACCCAGAUCAACCACGGCCUAAUGAUGGUGGGGCCCUCGGGCAGUGGUAAGACCAUGGCCUGGAGGGUGCUGCUCAAGGCCCUGGAGAGGCUGGAGGGCAUGGAGGGGGUCGCCCACAUCAUCGACCCCAAGGCCAUCAGCAAGGACCACCUGUACGGCACCUUGGACCCCAACACCCGCGAGUGGACGGACGGCCUGUUCACGCACAUCCUCAGAAAGAUCAUUGACAACGUGCGCGGGGAGCUGCAGAAGCGCCAGUGGAUCAUCUUUGACGGCGACGUGGACCCCGAGUGGGUGGAGAACCUCAACUCCGUGCUGGACGACAACAAGCUGCUGACGCUGCCCAACGGAGAGCGCCUCAGUCUGCCCCCCAACGUGCGCAUCAUGUUCGAGGUGCAGGACCUGAAGUACGCCACGCUGGCCACCGUGUCGCGCUGCGGCAUGGUGUGGUUCAGCGAGGACGUGCUCAGCACCGACAUGGUCUUCAACCACUUCCUGGCGCGCCUUCGCAGCAUCCCAUUGGACGAGGGCGAGGAUGACUUGGGACGCAUGAGGAAGGGCACAGAGGAUGAGGAGGAGACGGCCUCGCCCAUGCUGCAGAUCCAAAGAGACGCAGCGACCGCCCUGCAGCCCUACUUCACCUCCACGGGGAUGGUGAUCAAGGCCCUGGAGCACGCCUCCAAGAUGGAGCACAUCAUGGACUUCACGCGGCUGCGCUGCAUGGGCUCCCUGUUCUCCAUGCUGCACCAGGCCUGCCGCAACGUGGCCCUGUACAACAACAACCACCCCGACUUCCCCAUGCCCAACGAGCAGCUGGAGAGAUACAUGCAGAGGUAUCUGAUCUACGCCGUGCUCUGGUCCUUCUCUGGCGACGGGCGUCUGAAGAUCAGGGGCGAGCUGGGCGAGUACAUCCGCCGCAUCACCACCGUGCCCCUGCCCGCCGCCCCCAACGUGCCCAUCAUCGACUACGAGGUGUGCAUCUCAGGGGAGUGGCAGUCCUGGCAGGGCAAGGUCCCCCAGAUCGAGGUGGAGACCCACAAGGUGGCCUCCCCCGACGUGGUGGUGCCCACCCUGGACACGGUGCGCCACGAGGCCCUGCUCUACACCUGGCUGGCCGAGCACAAGCCCCUGGUGCUGUGCGGACCCCCCGGCUCCGGAAAGACCAUGACCCUGUUCAGCGCCCUCCGCGCCCUGCCUGACAUGGAGGUUGUGGGUCUGAACUUCUCCAGCGCCACCACCCCGGAGCUGCUGCUGAAGACCUUCGACCACUACUGCGAGUACCGGCGCACCCCCAACGGAGUGGUGCUCGCGCCCGUCCAGCUGGGCAAGUGGCUGGUGCUCUUCUGCGACGAGAUCAAUCUGCCCGACAUGGACAAGUACGGCACCCAGAGGGUCAUCUCCUUCCUCAGACAGAUGGUGGAGCAUGGAGGGUUCUAUCGUACCUCUGACCAGACUUGGGUCAAACUGGAAAGAAUCCAGUUUGUCGGAGCCUGCAACCCCCCCACGGACCCUGGCAGAAAGCCCCUCACACACAGGUUCCUGCGCCACGUCCCCGUGGUGUACGUGGACUACCCAGGCCCCGCCUCCCUCACCCAGAUCUACGGCACCUUCAACCGGGCCAUGCUGCGCCUCAUCCCGUCACUCCGUACCUUCGCCGAGCCCCUGACCGCCGCCAUGGUGGAGUUCUACACCAUGUCUCAGGAGCGCUUCACCCAGGACACCCAGCCUCACUACAUCUACUCCCCCCGAGAGAUGACCCGCUGGGUGAGGGGCAUCUUCGAGGCCUUGAGGCCCCUGGAGACCCUCCCUGUGGAGGGCCUGAUCCGCAUCUGGGCCCACGAGGCCCUGCGCCUCUUCCAGGACCGACUGGUGGAGGAUGAGGAGAGGCGAUGGACCGACGAGAACAUCGACAUGGUGGCGCUCAAGCACUUCCCCAACAUCGACAAGGAGAAGGCCCUCAACCGACCCAUCCUCUACAGCAACUGGCUCUCCAAGGACUACAUCCCCGUGGAGCAGGAGGAGCUCCGGGACUACGUGAAGGCCCGUCUCAAGGUCUUCUACGAGGAGGAGCUGGACGUGCCCUUGGUGCUGUUCAACGAGGUGCUGGACCACGUCCUCCGUAUCGACCGAAUCUUCCGCCAGCCACAGGGUCAUCUCCUGCUGAUCGGUGUGAGUGGAGCAGGAAAGACCACCCUGUCCCGGUUUGUAGCCUGGAUGAAUGGCCUGAGCGUCUACCAGAUCAAGGUGCACAGGAAGUACACGGGCGAGGACUUUGACGAGGACCUGCGCACGGUGCUGCGGCGCUCGGGCUGCAAGAACGAGAAGAUCGCCUUCAUCAUGGACGAGUCCAACGUGCUGGACUCCGGCUUCCUGGAGAGGAUGAACACCCUUCUGGCCAACGGAGAGGUCCCCGGGCUGUUCGAGGGCGACGAGUACGCCACGCUGAUGACCCAGUGCAAGGAGGGCGCCCAGAAGGAGGGCCACAUGCUGGACACCCACGAGGAGCUGUACAAGUGGUUCACCAGCCAGGUGAUCAGGAACCUGCACGUGGUGUUCACCAUGAACCCCUCCUCAGAGGGGCUCAAGGACCGGGCCGCCACCUCCCCCGCCCUCUUCAACAGAUGCGUGCUGAACUGGUUUGGAGACUGGUCCACCGAGGCCCUGUACCAGGUGGGCAAGGAGUUCACCAGCAAGAUGGACCUGGAGAAGCCCACCUGGAAGGUGCCGGACUACAUGCCCAUCAUCUACGACAAGAUGCCCCAGCCACCCUCUCACCGCGAAGCCAUCGUCAACGGCUGUGUGUUCGUGCACACGACCCUUCACCAGGCUAAUAACCGCCUGGCGAAGCGCGGCGGGCGCACCAUGGCCAUCACGCCGCGCCACUACCUGGACUUCAUCAACCACUACGCCAACCUGUUCAACGAGAAGCGCAGCGAGCUGGAGGAGCAGCAGAUGCACCUCAACGUCGGCCUCCGCAAGAUCAAGGAGACUGUGGACCAGGUGGAGGAGCUCCGUCGGGACCUGAGGAUCAAGAGCCAGGAGCUGGAGGUGAAGAACGCCGCUGCCAACGACAAGCUCAAGAAGAUGGUCAAAGACCAGCAGGAGGCUGAAAAGAAGAAGGUGAUGAGUCAGGAGAUCCAGGAGUCGGUGUACAAGCAGCAGGAGGUGAUCAAAGACAAGCAGCUGAGCGUCACAGAGGAUCUGGACCAAGUGGAGCCUGCCGUUAUUGAGGCUCAAAAUGUGGUGAGCUCGAUAAAGAGGCAGCACCUGGUAGAAGUGCGGGCUAUGACCAACCCGCCCGCCGCGGUCAAGCUGGCGCUGGAGUCUAUCUGCCUGCUGCUGGGCGAGGAGACCAGUGACUGGAAAAAGAUCAGACAAGUUAUAAUCAGGGACAAUUUCAUCAGCAGCAUAGUCAACUUCUCCUCCGAGGCGAUGAGUGACUCCAUCCGUGAGAAGAUGAAGAAGAACUACAUGUCGAACCCCAGCUACAACUAUGAGCAGGUCAACCGGGCCUCUCUGGCCUGUGGGCCCAUGGUGAAGUGGGCCAUCGCUCAGCUGAACUACGCUGACAUGCUGAAGCGCGUGGAGCCCCUGCGCAACGAGCUGCAGAAGCUGGAGGACUACGCCACGGACAACAAGUCCAAGGCGGAGGAGGUGGAGCAGAUGAUCCGCGACCUGGAGGCCAGCAUCGCCCGCUACAAGGAGGAGUACGCCGUCCUCAUCUCCGAGGCCCAGGCCAUCAAGGCCGACCUGGCCAACGUGGAGGCCAAGGUGAACCGCAGCCACGCCCUGCUCAAGAGCCUCUCGGCAGAGCGCGACCGCUGGGAGCAGACCAGCGAGACCUUCAAGAACCAGAUGUCCACCAUCGCCGGGGACUGUCUGCUCUCUGCCGCCUUCAUCGCCUACGCCGGGUACUUUGAGCAGCAGAUGAGGCAGAACCUGUUCACCACCUGGUCGCACCACCUGCAGCAGGCCAACAUCCAGUUCCGUACCGACAUCGCCAGGACGGAGUAUCUGUCCAAUGCGGACGAGAGGCUGCGCUGGCAGGCCAGCUCCCUGCCCGCAGACGACCUGUGCACGGAGAACGCCAUCAUGCUGAAGAGGUUCAACAGGUACCCACUCAUCAUCGAUCCCUCGGGCCAGGCCACAGAGUUCAUCAUGAACGAGUACAAGGAGCGCAAGAUCACCAGGACCAGCUUCCUGGACGACGCCUUCAGGAAGAACCUGGAGAGCGCCUUGCGCUUCGGAAACCCUCUGCUAGUGCAGGACGUGGAGAGCUACGACCCCAUCCUCAACCCCGUGCUCAACCGAGAGGUGCGCAGGACGGGGGGUCGCGUCCUCAUCACCCUGGGCGACCAGGACAUCGAUCUGUCCCCCUCGUUCGUCAUCUUCCUCUCCACCCGGGACCCCACGGUGGAGUUCCCGCCCGACCUGUGUUCCCGCGUGACCUUUGUCAACUUCACGGUGACGCGCAGCAGCCUGCAGAGCCAGUGCCUCAACGAGGUCCUCAAGGCCGAGAGGCCCGACGUGGACGAGAAGCGCUCCGACCUGCUCAAGCUACAGGGUGAGUUCCAGUUGCGCUUGCGCCAGCUGGAGAAGUCUCUGCUGCAGGCCCUCAACGAGGUCAAGGGUCGCAUCCUGGACGACGACACCAUCAUCACCACGCUGGAGAACCUGAAGAAGGAGGCGGCGGAGGUGACCCGCAAGGUGGAGGAGACGGACAUCGUGAUGGCCGAGGUGGAGGCGGUGUCCCAGCAGUACCUGUCGCUGUCCUCGGCGUGCAGCAGCAUCUACUUCACCAUGGAGGCCCUGAACCAGAUCCACUUCCUGUACCAGUACUCGCUGCACUUCUUCCUGGACACGUACCACCAGGUGCUGUACGAGAACGCCAGUCUGAAGGGCAUCAGCGACCACACACAGAGGCUCGACCUCAUCACCAAGGACCUCUUCCAGGUUGUGUUCAACAGAGUGGCGAGAGGCAUGCUCCACCAAGACCACAUCACCUUCGCCAUGUUAUUGGCUAGGAUCAACCUUAAGGGCAUGACCACUGAGCGCUCCUUCGACGUGGAGUUCCUGCACUUCCUGCGCAGUAAGGAGAUCGUGCUGACGGGCAUGUCCCUGCCCAAGGUGAAGGGUCUGACCACGGAGCAGUGUGAGGACAUGGUCCGUCUCAGCCGCACGCCCGCCUUCAAAGACCUGGUGUCCAAGGUGGAGGAGGACGAGCAAUUCUUCAUGUGGCUGGAGAGCAACACUCCAGAGCUGUCUGUUCCCUACGUGUGGUCUGAAGAGAAGCAGUCAACUGUGAUUGGCCAGGCGGUGCACCAGCUGCUGCUGAUCCAGGCGUUCCGCCCCGACCGUCUCCUGGCCAUGUCCCACAUUUUCGUGUGCAAGGUGCUGGGGGAGACCUUCAUGAACAUCAUCGAGCAGCCGCUGGACCUGGGCAACAUCGUGGAUACGGAGGUGAAGCCCAACACCCCCGUGUUGAUGUGCUCCGUGCCCGGCUACGACGCCAGUGGCCUGGUCCGGGAUCUGGCCACCGAGGAGAACAAACACAUCACCUCCAUCUCUAUCGGUUCGGCCGAGGGCUUCAACAAGGCCGACCGGGACAUCAACACGGCGGUGAAGUCGGGCCGCUGGGUCAUGCUGGAGAACGUCCACCUGGCCCCCGGCUGGCUGAUGCAGCUGGAGAAGAAGCUGCACUCCAUGCAGCCCCACGCCAGCUUCAGGCUCUUCCUCACCAUGGAGAUCAACCCCAAGGUGCCAGUGAACCUGCUGCGUGCCGGCCGUAUAUUCGUGUUCGAGCCCCCUCCCGGUGUGAAGGCCAACAUGCUGCGUACCUUCAGCAGCAUCCCCGUGGCUCGCAUGUGCAAGUCUCCCAAUGAGCGUGCGCGUCUCUACUUCCUGCUGGCCUGGUUCCACGCCGUCAUCCAGGAGCGUCUGCGCUACGCCCCCCUGGGCUGGUCCAAGAAGUACGAGUUUGGGGAGUCCGACCUGCGCUCUGCCUGUGACACGGUGGACACCUGGCUGGACGACACCGCCAAGGGUCGUCAGAACAUCUCCCCUGAAAAGAUCCCCUGGGCGGCCCUGAAGACCCUGAUGGCUCAGUCCAUCUACGGGGGCCGCAUCGACAACGAGUUCGACCAGCGGCUGCUCAACACCUUCCUGGACCGCAUCUUCACCACCCGCAGCUUCGACAGCGAGUUCAAGCUGGCGCUGAAGGUGGACGGACACAAAGACAUCAAGAUGCCCGAGGGCAUCAGGCGUGAGGAAUUCAUGCACUGGGUGGAGAUGCUCCCGGACACCCAGACUCCGGCUUGGCUCGGGUUGCCUAGCAACGCCGAGAAGCUCCUGCUCACCACUCAGGGCAUCGACAUGAUGAGCAAGAUGCUGAAAAUGCAGAUGUUGGAGGAUGAGGACGACCUCGCCUACGAGACGGCCGAGAUAAAGCAGCGCACGGCGUCCACGUCGGACAACCAACCCGCCUGGAUGAGGACCAUCCACACCACCGCUUUCAACUGGCUGCAGCUCAUCCCCCAGAUGGUCAACCCCCUGAAGCGCACGGUGGAGAACAUCAAGGAUCCGCUGUUCCGCUUCUUUGAGCGCGAGGUGAAGAUGGGCGGCAAGAUGCUGCAGGAGAUCCGCCAGGACCUGACUGACGUGGUGCAGGUGUGCGAGGGCAAGAAGAAGCAGACCAACGACCUGCGCACGCUCAUCAACGACCUGGUGAAAGGUAUUCUGCCGCACAACUGGUGCCGCUACACGGUCCCCGCCUCCAUGACGGUGAUCCAGUGGGUCGCCGACUUCAGCGAAAGAAUCAAGCAGCUGCAGCAGAUCUCCCAGGCAGCGGCCAGCGGCGGUGCCAAGGAGCUGAAGAACGUCAACGUGUGUCUCGGCGGCCUGUUUGUGCCCGAGGCUUACAUCACGGCCACGCGCCAGUACGUGGCCCAGGCCAACAGCUGGUCUCUGGAGGAGCUCUGUCUGGAGGUCAACGUCACCAACGCCCAGGGCGCCGUGCUGGACGCCUGCAGCUUCGGCAUCAAAGGUCUGAAACUGCAGGGGGCCACGUGUGCCAACAACAAGCUGUCUCUGUCCAACACCAUCUCCACCGAGCUGCCCCUCACUCAGCUCCGCUGGAACAAACAGGGCAACGAGGAGAAGAGACCCAUGGUGACCCUGCCUGUGUACCUGAACUUCACCAGGGCAGACCUUAUCUUCACCGUGGACUUAGACAUCGCUGCCAAGGAGGACCCACACAACUUCUAUGAGCGCGGAGUGGCUGUCCUGUGCACAGAGUAGAGCUCAAGAAGACUCACUCUUUCACUGUUUAACUCCCAUAUUAAUCUCAUCGAAACACUUAGUGUCGUUUCCCUGUUAAGAUAUCAACAAGUAGCAGCCUGGAGUGUUUUACGAUAGAAACAGCGACGUUUAGUGUGAGGCACUAAUCUACAUAACAUCCAUUAACGCAGUUUAUGAAAAGUAGUUUGAGGGUCAGAGGAAGUGAGUUAUCGGUUGGUUACUAACAAAGUAGAGGAGAAGUAGAGAAAGAAAUGCAAUGUCUUUUUAAGGAGGAACCUGAAUGUUUUUAAGCGAUCAAAGUUGGAAUAAAAUUAACUGCUACAUUGAA